CUCUUCACUUUUCCUUUCCCUUUCUUCCUUAUAUUUUGUCACCUUCUUCUUCUUUCCAUAAUGGCCAGUCUUCAACUUAUCAAAGUUCUUCUCCUUGUGUUUGUCAUAGCUAUAAUUCAACCCUCAACAUCCCAAACGCUACAGGGCAAAGUUUCCUGCGUUGACUGCACUCUUAACUAUCACUUAUCUGAUGUUAAGGUUUCAGUGAAGUGUGAUGGUGUGAAAAAACUGGUUGUGGCUACUACAGAAAAUGAUGGCUCCUUCAAAGCUAACCUUCCUUCAGACAAAAGGAGUUGCUUUGCAAAAGUCCUUGGUGGACCAGUUCAGCUUUAUGCCUCAGGGAAGGAUCAGAUAUCCCAGAUUAUCAAGGGCAAAGAGUAUAACAGCUACACCAUCUCCACCCCUCUCAGUUUCAGAACAUCAUGUCCCCCAAGAACAAACUGCAAGAGUGGAAAACAGGUUGGUUCAUCCAAAACUGUGGAUCUUCCUCUUCCCCCAGAGUGGGGUUUGGCACCAAGUAGCUACUAUGUUCCUUUCUUCCCUAUCAUUGGGAUACCUUGAUGAUCAUGUGUUGAAGAAUUCAGGUGAUUUAAAGUCACUUUAUUGUAACAUAUGAUUAUAGAUGUGAUAUCAUAUGUAGUGUGAAAGAUAUUAUUGUGCCACAAAUAGUUGUGGUAUAUAUGCAGUGUAUUAUAUAGUUUGUGAGGAAAGUUAAUUUCCUGGUAUGAAAGCUGAUUAAUACUGUAUUUCUUUUGUCAACUUAUGUUACCUUUUUAUAUAUGUAUUUUGCUAAUCAUAAAACUGUUUUUAGGUUUCUAUUUUUC